AUGGAAGCGGAAUACGAGCCUUUGCAGGGUUCCAAACUACAAAAUCGUCCUGCUCGCAAUGCUAAGAAAAUAACGACGCUAAUGGGCGUCGGUUUGGCCUUGAGUUCUGUUGUCUGGUUUACAGGGUCGUCAAUCUUGUCAUCGUCGUCGUCGUCGUCGAAACACGUGACUUUUUCGCAGCAAGGCUACGCGCCAGAUACCUUGAGGUGUGGUAGCAUCGAGCCAGUGGGUCCAGAAUUCAACAAGUCUAUUGAAUUGAUCUUCAGGGACCCAGACUUUCGCCAAAAGUCUCUUGAGAACUUCAGCGGUGCCAUUCAAAUCCCCACGGAAAUUCAAGAUACCAACCCGCAGCCUAACGAUGACCUGGACUACUACCAACGGUUUUUCCAGUUUCACGACUAUUUGGAAACCACUUUCCCACUGGUUCACCAGCAUUUGAAGCGUGAAAAGGUCAAUUCGGUGGCCCUACUGUACACUUGGAAUGGCUCAGACCCAUCUCUAAAACCCUUGAUGCUGACUGCCCAUCAAGAUGUUGUUCCGGUCAACCCAGCCACGGCCGAUAAUUGGACAUAUCCACCUUUUUCUGGCCAUUACGACAACAAGACUGAUCUUGUUUGGGGUAGAGGCGCUGCAGACUGCAAGAAUCUUUUGAUUGGAGAGCUGGAAGCAGUCGAACAGCUUUUGAAAGACGGUUUCGAGCCCAAGAGAAGUGUUGUUCUUGCCUUUGGGUUUGACGAAGAAUCAUCAGGAUUACUCGGUGCACACGAUCUUGGUGAAUUCUUGUACGAGAGGUACGGUGACAAUGGGAUUUACGCUGUGGUGGACGAAGGUGGUGGGAUUGUUCCAAUAGACAAAAAUGUUUAUGUUGCGGCACCAAUCACUGCCGAAAAGGGCUAUGUGGACGUCGAAAUUACAGUCCAUGGAGUCGGUGGUCAUUCUUCGGUUCCCCCAGACCACACCACUAUCGGCGUUGCAGCCAGCUUGAUCACUCUGCUGGAGUCUAAUCCGUUCCCUCCUACUUUCACCCCAGAAAACCCGUUCUACGGUUUCUUGACUUGCGCUGCCGAGCAUAGUUCUCGACUUCCAAAUGAGUGGAAGAAGGCCAUCUUGGAUGCUCCUUUUGACUCUGAGCAGAAACACCAAUUGAUCAGUCUUGUUAGCUCCGAGAGAUCCCUUCGUGACUUGCUGAGAACCUCUCAAGCCGUUGAUAUCAUCCAAGGCGGUAUCAAAGCGAAUGCUUUGCCAGAGAUGACCUCAUUUGUCGUCAAUCACCGCAUCGACAUUAACUCCUCAGUCAAGAAGACUCUGGAAAGAGACUUGCAGUUUGUCAAAAAAGUAGCUGAACAAUUUCACUAUGGUGUCGUUUGUGAUGGUGAAGAGAUAGUUCCUUCAACGGAUCUUGGCUAUAUUGAGGUUCUUACUAAGAAAACUUUAGAGCCAGCACCUCGCAGUCCAGUGACAGACUCUAAGGUGUGGGACCUCUUUGCAGGUACUAUCCAGAAUGUUUUCGAGAACGGUCAUUUCAAGGACGACUCUGACGUCGAAUUCUACGUUACGCAGUCUCUAAUAUCCGGAAACACAGACACCAGGUAUUACUGGCGUUUGACUGAAAAUAUCUACAGAUUCAUGGCAAUCAUUGUUGAUAAAGCUUUGAUGCAUACCAUACACUCAGUUGACGAACAUAUUUCGCUCUCGUCACACUUGUCGACCGUUGCCUUUGUUUACGAAUACAUCGUCAACGUCAGCGAGAAAGCGUGA